AUGUCUGGCACAGCAGCAGAUAUUUCUCUGGUGCACUGGAGACAGCAGUGGCUGGAGAAUGGCACACUGUAUUUCCAUGUCUCCAUGAGCAGCUCUGGGCAGCUGUCCCAGGCCACAGCUCCCACACUCCAGGAGCCCUCAGAGAUCGUCGAGGAACAGAUGCAUAUCCUUCACAUUUCUGUGAUGGGUGGACUCAUUGCAUUGCUACUCCUGUUGCUGGUGUUUACAGUGGCACUAUAUGCCCAACGGCGCUGGCAGAAGCGCCGGCGCAUCCCCCAGAAGAGCGCCAGCACGGAAGCCACCCAUGAGAUUCACUACAUUCCGUCUGUGCUGCUGGGCCCUCAGGCCAGGGAGAGCUUCCGCUCUUCCAGGCUUCAGGCACACAACUCAGUCAUUGGUGUCCCCAUCCGGGAGACCCCCAUUCUGGAUGACUAUGACUAUGAAGAGGAGGAGGACCCACCCAGGCGGACCAACCAUGUCUCCAGGGAUGAUGAGUUUGGCAGCCAGAUGACCCGUGGCCUGGACAGCUUGGGACGGGCAGAAGAGAAAGUAGACUUUGAGAAGAAAGCAGCAGCUGAGGCGACACAGGAGACAGUGGAGUCCCUGAUGCAGAAGUUCAAGGAGAGUUUCCGUGCUAACACACCAGUGGAGAUUGGUCAGCUACAGCCAGCUUCGCGCAGUGCCUCUGCAGGGAAGAGGAAACGAAGGAGCAAAUCUCGAGGGGGAAUCAGCUUUGGGAGAACCAAGGGGACAUCAGGCUCAGAAGCGGAUGACGAAACACAGCUGACGUUCUACACAGAACAGUACCGCAGUCGACGCCGCAGCAAAGGUUUAUUGAAAAGCCCAGUUAACAAGACAGCCUUGACACUGAUUGCUGUGAGUUCCUGCGUCUUGGCCAUGGUGUGUGGCAACCAGAUGUCCUGUCCACUUACUGUGAAGGUCACUUUGCAUGUGCCUGAACACUUCAUUGCAGAUGGGAGCAGCUUCGUAGUAAGUGAAGGAAGCUACCUGGAUAUCUCUGACUGGCUAAACCCUGCCAAGCUGUCCCUGUACUACCAGAUCAAUGCUACCUCCCCAUGGGUGAGAGACCUGUGUGGACAGAGGACGACAGAUGCCUGUGAACAACUUUGUGAUCCAGAAACUGGGGAGUGCAGUUGUCAUGAAGGUUACGCCCCUGACCCAGUUCAUAGACAUCUGUGUGUUCGAAGUGACUGGGGACAAAGCGAAGGACCUUGGCCUUAUACAACACUGGAGAGGGGGUAUGAUCUGGUGACAGGAGAGCAAGCCCCUGAAAAGAUUCUCAGGUCUACUUUCAGCUUGGGCCAAGGCCUCUGGCUUCCGGUCAGCAAAAGCUUUGUGGUUCCACCGGUGGAGCUGUCUAUCAACCCCCUGGCCUCCUGCAAGACUGAUGUGCUUGUCACAGAAGACCCUGCAGAUGUCAGGGAAGAAGCGAUGCUGUCUACCUACUUUGAAACCAUCAAUGACUUGCUGUCCUCCUUUGGUCCAGUCCGUGACUGCUCAAGGAACAACGGAGGCUGCACUCGUAAUUUCAAGUGUGUGUCUGACCGCCAGGUGGAUUCCUCAGGUUGUGUGUGUCCUGAGGAACUGAGGCCCAUGAAGGAUGGCUCAGGCUGCUAUGAUCACUCCAAGGGCAUUGACUGCUCUGAUGGCUUUAAUGGAGGGUGUGAGCAGCUUUGCCUGCAACAGACACUACCUUUGCCCUAUGAUGCCACCUCCAGCACCAUCUUCAUGUUCUGCGGAUGUGUGGAAGAGUACAAGCUGGCUCCUGAUGGCAAAUCCUGUCUAAUGCUCUCGGAUGUCUGCGAGGGACCUAAGUGCCUCAAACCUGACUCCAAAUUCAAUGACACCCUCUUUGGAGAGAUGCUACAUGGUUACAACAACAGGACCCAGCAUGUAAAUCAAGGCCAAGUCUUCCAAAUGACCUUCAGGGAGAACAACUUCAUCAAGGACUUUCCCCAGCUGGCAGAUGGGCUGUUGGUGAUCCCGCUACCUGUGGAAGAGCAGUGCCGAGGGGUUCUGUCUGAGCCCCUCCCAGACCUUCAGCUGCUGACUGGAGACAUCAGGUAUGACGAGGCCAUGGGUUACCCCAUGGUGCAGCAGUGGCGUGUCAGGAGCAACCUCUACCGUGUGAAACUGAGCACCAUCACCCUCUCAGCAGGCUUUACCAAUGUCUUAAAGAUCCUGACCAAAGAGAGCAGUCGAGAUGAGCUGCUGUCCUUCAUCCAGCACUAUGGCUCCCACUACAUUGCAGAGGCCCUGUAUGGCUCCGAGCUCACCUGUGUUAUCCACUUUCCCAGCAAGAAGGUCCAGCAGCAGCUAUGGCUCCAGUAUCAGAAAGAGACCACGGAACUGGGCAGCAAGAAGGAACUGAAAUCCAUGCCCUUCAUCACCUACCUCUCUGGUCUACUGACAGCUCAGAUGCUAUCAGAUGACCAGCUCAUCUCAGGCGUGGAGAUUCGAUGUGAGGAGAAGGGCCGAUGUCCAUCUACCUGUCAUCUUUGCCGCCGGCCAGGCAAAGAGCAGCUGAGCCCCACACCAGUGCUUCUGGAGAUUAACCGUGUGGUACCACUUUACACCCUCAUCCAAGACAAUGGCACGAAGGAGGCCUUCAAGAAUGCACUGAUGAGUUCCUACUGGUGUUCUGGGAAAGGAGAUGUGAUUGAUGACUGGUGCAGGUGUGACCUCAGUGCCUUUGAUGCCAGUGGGCUUCCCAAUUGUAGCCCGCUUCCACAGCCGGUGUUACGACUUUCUCCAACAGUGGAGCCUUCCAGCACUGUGGUUUCUCUGGAGUGGAUUGAUGUUCAGCCAGCCAUUGGGACCAAAGUCUCUGACUAUAUUCUGCAGCACAAGAAAGUGGAUGAAUACACAGAUACUGACCUGUACACAGGAGAAUUCUUGAGUUUUGCUGAUGACUUACUCUCUGGCCUGGGAACAUCUUGUGUAGCGGCUGGUCGAAGCCACGGAGAGGUCCCUGAAGUCAGUAUCUACUCCGUGAUCUUUAAGUGCCUGGAACCAGACGGUCUUUACAAGUAA